GCUGCAUAUCGAGAAGCCUCUCCAACACCCCCUCAACCUCGAAGGCCUCGUGGAGGCCGUGGACGAAGGGCGCAGGCUCGCAGCCCGAGGCAGGUUGUGCCGGACAUUGACGACCUCAACCAGCAACUGGAGGCCUUCAUGGCGCCAGACCCUGCCCGGGGACGCGACUAG